AUGAAUCCCAUGGGGUACCGCCCCUAUGAUAGCAGCGGGACGGACGAUGAUCUCCCCUCGUCACAAAAUAGAGGACUAAGAGGACGAUCUUUCAGUGGGAAUGGGAGAGCAUCAGCUGGACCGUUUCCUUAUGCAAGGCCACACAAUGAUUUGGAGAGCCAAGUACAUCUGGUUGAGCAAGAGGCGUACACUGGUGUUCUUAGGGCAUUCAAAGUUCAAUCUGAUGCAUUGUCUUGGGAAAAAGAAAGUCUGAUUUCUGAACUCAGGAAGGAACUGAGAGUUUCUGAUGAGGAACACAGGGAGCUAUUAAACAAGGUUAAUGAAGAUGGGGCCAUCCGUGGAAUGAGGGAGCUGAGACAGGGAGGUGGGACCCCGAGUGGGCUGCAUCGUGGCAGCAGAGUUCUUCACGAUGGAGAACCUGGGCCAACUGCUAAAAGGCAACGACCAUCUCAUUUAAUGCCUUCGCAUUCUUCAGGCCUCCAGUCCCCUGUUAUGUCUUCACAUUCUGUCCCCUCUUCGUCAAAGUGGGGACCAUCUUCAGCAUCAAGGGGGAAAAGAGCAAAGUCGACUACGCCACUGGCAUUACCAUCCAUGGAUCCGACCUCAUUGAUUAGCCGGAAAGUUUUUACAAGAUGGCCAGAUGAUAACAACUUCUAUGAGGCCACUAUAACCCGUUACAAUCCUGCUACGGGCGAACAUGCUCUUGUCUAUGACAUGGGCAAAACAACUGAGUCAUGGGAGUCUGUCAGGCUUUGUGAUAUGAGACCUGAAGAUAUAAGAUGGGAACGUGAUGAUCAAGGCAUCUCAAAUCGAGAUGGUUGGGGCCCUUCUGGUCCAUUGUUGAACAGGAACCAAAGCAACAAUGGUAGAGGGAGACUAUCUCAGAAUGAGCAUCCAAAUAAAUAUGGUCCACCUCAAAAUGGCAUCAACAGGAAUAUUGGUGAAAUUGACGUGCCUAACACUCAGAGUGUCGUGAUUGAGGUCGAGAGGGUAUUGUCAAAUCCAAGUAUGCAUGAAAUUGAAAAGGCAAAGAAACUGCUAACAGACCAGGAGCAGUCAUUACUUGAUGCAAUUGCCAGUCUUGAUGAUGCAUCAGAUAGCGAAAGUGAGGAUAAGGCCAUGGAAGCCCGAAUGGGUUCUGGUGGUGAUCACACGGGUAGGAACGGCAUUGCCUGUUAG